GAUUACAGACUUGUAUUCGGUUUCACAAAUGGCUUUUCGUAUGUUCCACCUGGUUUUAACUUAUGUGCUCUGUAUGCCAUUUACGAUUUUAGCAUCCCCAGAUGAACUGGGCAAUAUGAGCAUCGACGAUUAUAUCAAUUAUGUUAAUCCACCGGCUGUUCACAAGUACAAACAUGACAAUGGAGACAACAUACUCUGUGUCAAAUUUACUGAUCAAAUUUCCCUCCGCCCUGCAAAAAAUCAAAAUGGGUAUGAUAAGAAUAAUUCAAAUAUAGGCUGGAGGGAUACUCAAGCAGGGGAACCCUCUUCAAAUAUCUCAGGCAGUGGACUUGGAAAAAGGUGUCCUGAAGGAACAGUUUCUGCCAAGGAGAUAAAGCACGAACACGUAAAACGGACAGGAUCUGUAAAUAUGUUUUUGACGAGAAAAAUGAUAGAAUCUUCGUAUCAGGUUCAUGACGUACGUAUGAGAUUUCAUUUGUUUUUUCCUUUUUAAGAGGAAGUUGUGAAUGUCAGGGGUGAAGCCAAACAA